GGUGGUGUCAGUGUGCUCAUGCUUUAGGACUUAUGUAUAGUGCAAAAUCUCAUCUGCCACCAGACUGGGUUUGAUUCAGGACUCACUGACCAACACAUUUUGGCCUUUUUUCAGGUCUCAUCCACACAUCUGUAUGCAUGCUGACCCCACAUAAGAUUUGUCACUUUUUACAUUUCCCUUGACCUCUUAAGGCUGCAGCUAGAAGUUAAGUGGGAAAAGUAGAGUCUUGUUUAGCAUUACCUUUAGAAUUUCCCUAGAAGUUCAGUACGUAAAUUUUCAGCUUGGAGACCAAUCUGACAUGACUGUAAAUGCAGGAAAUAUAUUCAAUUGCUGUGUUAUGUCAACUUUAUGGAGUCAGUAAUCUUUUUUCUUUCAAAUGAGUGUCCAGUAGCCCACUUUCUGACACCAAAUUGGAAAAAGGCUCAUUUAAUCAGGAGAAACGUUUCGUACCACAUUCUAAGUUGAAAAAAGUCUGUGCAAGGCGGGCCAGCUUAGCUUCUUAAGAGUAAAACUGCAGGCAGUUAAUGAUGUUACAUACUUGAAACUGAACAGUGCCACUGCCCCAAACAAGUAAGUUUAGACACUCAGCUAUUUUCUUUGUUCUUAUCUCCUUGCUGUAAAUGGAAAUUACAUAUUGAAGUUCUUGUGGCCUCCCUAGAAGCAGUGUCUAAUCAUAAGACUCCUGGUUUGGUGCCUUCAACGUUUGCAUAAUACUGUGUGUGUUGGGCUGGAAGGGAACUUAAGGGCAAGGCGUUUGUCCUCUAAAAGCUUGCAUUAAAAUGGCUCCCACAGGUUUGGAGAGCCAAGAUCUGUUUUCAGAUGUACAGCCCCCAGCAAGUUACCAACACUGGACCAAGCUAGCCACUUUUCCUCUGGUACUGUGACCCCUACCAAGCAUGAGUCUGUAAAAAGUUAAUUGCUUUCAAAGUAGCGUUAUUUUCCAGUUUAAGGAAAGGGGAAAAAAAUGUCUGCAUUGCAGCAGGACUAGGUAGGGACGGCAGUACUGGCUCCCAGAGCAGCCCAAUGGGGUUCUUCUACUCUAGCUUUUAAACCAAUAGACUUGGAGGAAAGGUUAAAGAUUGACAAUUACAGUGGCCGAACUAAGAACGGGCCUUCUGGAAAUUUCUACCAUCUUUGUUCCUUUUAGGAAAAGCGGAUCUGCCAAACAGAAGAGUCUCCUACCUUCCAUUCCUAGGUCAUCUCCCUUCCCUUCUUCCCCCCAACCCCCCUUCUUUUUCUCAUCAAGGUAGAAUGUUCUCUCUGCCACGUUUGUAAAUUGCAGAGGGAGGAACAGAAUGUUGGGCUGUUUUCCUUUCUCCUUCUGCCUCCUCAGUCCCCAAAGAGGAUACACAGCUGCAAGGAGCAAACACAGACACACUGAAGCUUUUGAUUCUUCUUUUUUUUUCCUUCAAGACCCUCCAGGAUGGAUUCACUUUCUGCUUUGGGAAAUUAAGUGGCAUUCACGUGGGGGAGGGGGAGUAACUGCUUUUAUUAGCUCCAGAAAAUGGUCAGUGUUCAGUCUGUAACUAGGAAUUAAUUAUAUAUAAUCACUCAGUAAACUUUCUACAGAGUUUUUCUAAUUGCUGAGCCUGAUCAUAGUUAGCCCGUUGGCGCCAAGUCCAGUUACUUUUAUAAUUAACAGCUCAAAGAUUUGAGUCAGAAAGAAACAAUUGGGGGCCUCUUGGAUUAUAAAUUAGGGAUGAAAACAAUAGCUUUUUUUCCUUUCUUUCUUGUAACCCCUUUUAUUUUAAACAAAACAUUCCCCCUUUUCUUUCCCUGGGAGAACCAGUGGGGAGACUGCAUCAGGUCUUAAAUAUGAGGACGGGAGACACUUUUUGGGAAGUGGGGUGACAGUAACCUAGAAAACCCUGAGGCAAAGGUAGGUUUUUAAAAGUCCAGCCACUUCCAAUGUGUGAUGUCUUUGUUCUUUUGCCCUCUUUCCCCUUCUCUCUCCUGUGGCAGAGGCAGCAGACAUUUGUCAGCCUGGGAACCCUCAAUCUGGCUUUGCCUCUGGUUGACUCUGGAAAGAAAGAUACAUUCAAAGGGGCCUUCGCUACUGAACAGCAGAGGUUUAAAAAGGGAAUGUUUCGAAGCCUUUGGUUACUCUUAAAAUGCAAAAUCUGAGCAAGGGUUCACCCUUCGCUCAGGUUGCUAAGAUUAUGGUUGCCCUCCCCCCCUACUUCCCACUCUCCUUGCAGACAAACAAGCAGGCAGUGGCCAUGCCAGCUCUGCAGCCAGUGUGCUGCCAGCCUGCCCCCCCCAUCCUGAUUACCUACCUACCAGCCGACGGGGGCCACUGGCCUGUCCUUGCCCUGGCAUGGCCUUGGGCACUGUGCCCUCCUUUCUCCCCUGGAGCUAAAAAGCAGUCACCUUGAAACUCCUCACUCCCAGCACCAGAGGAGUUCUGAGGCCAAUGCUCAGACCUGUAACAGUAAAUGACGUUAUCCACUCAGGCUGUUAGUUCGGCCUCUGAAAGCGGGUUUUGCAAAACCCAUUGUUAAUUCUCAGGCUCUGUUGGGGGUGGUCAGAAAUCUAAUUUCUUGGCUGAAGAGGAAAUAAAAACAGAACAGGAGGUGGUAGAGGGCAUGGAUAUCUCUACUCGCUCCAAAGAUCCUGGCUCUGCAGAGAGAACAGCCCAGAAAAGAAAGUUCCCCAGCCCUCCACAUUCUUCCAAUGGCCACUCGCCGCAGGACACAUCAACAAGCCCCAUUAAAAAGAAAAAGAAACCUGGCUUACUGAACAGUAACAAUAAGGAGCAGUCAGAACUAAGACAUGGUCCGUUUUACUAUAUGAAGCAGCCACUCACCACAGACCCUGUUGAUGUUGUACCGCAGGAUGGACGAAAUGAUUUCUACUGCUGGGUUUGUCACCGGGAAGGCCAAGUCCUUUGCUGUGAGCUCUGUCCCCGGGUUUAUCACGCUAAGUGUCUGAGACUGACAUCGGAACCAGAGGGGGACUGGUUUUGUCCUGAAUGUGAGAAAAUUACAGUAGCAGAAUGCAUCGAGACCCAGAGUAAAGCCAUGACAAUGCUCACCAUUGAACAGUUAUCCUACCUGCUCAAGUUUGCCAUUCAGAAAAUGAAACAGCCAGGGACAGAUGCAUUCCAGAAGCCCGUUCCAUUGGAACAGCACCCUGACUAUGCGGAAUACAUCUUCCAUCCAAUGGACCUUUGUACAUUGGAAAAGAAUGCGAAAAAGAAAAUGUAUGGCUGCACAGAAGCCUUCCUGGCUGAUGCAAAGUGGAUUUUGCACAACUGCAUCAUUUAUAAUGGGGGAAAUCACAAAUUGACGCAAAUAGCGAAAGUAGUCAUCAAAAUCUGUGAACAUGAGAUGAAUGAAAUCGAAGUAUGUCCAGAAUGUUAUCUAGCUGCUUGCCAAAAACGAGAUAACUGGUUUUGUGAGCCUUGUAGCAAUCCACAUCCUUUGGUCUGGGCCAAACUGAAGGGGUUUCCAUUCUGGCCUGCAAAAGCUCUGAGGGAUAAAGAUGGGCAGGUCGAUGCCCGAUUCUUUGGACAACAUGACAGGGCCUGGGUUCCAAUAAAUAAUUGCUACCUCAUGUCUAAAGAAAUUCCUUUUUCUGUGAAAAAGACUAAGAGCAUCUUCAACAGUGCCAUGCAAGAGAUGGAGGUUUACGUGGAGAACAUCCGCAGGAAGUUUGGGGUUUUUAAUUACUCUCCAUUCAGGACACCCUACACACCCAACAGCCAGUACCAAAUGCUGCUCGAUCCCACCAACCCCAGUGCCGGCACUGCCAAGAUAGACAAGCAGGAGAAGGUCAAGCUCAACUUUGACAUGACGGCGUCCCCCAAGAUCCUGAUGAGCAAGCCCGUGCUGAGUGGGGGCACAGGCCGCCGGAUUUCCUUGUCGGAUAUGCCGCGCUCCCCCAUGAGCACAAACUCUUCCGUGCACACAGGCUCUGAUGUGGAGCAGGAUGCCGAGAAGAAGGCCACAUCCAGCCACUUCAGCGCGAGUGAGGAGUCCAUGGACUUCCUGGAUAAGAGCACAGCUUCACCAGCCUCCACCAAGACGGGACAAGCAGGGAGUUUAUCCGGCAGCCCAAAGCCCUUCUCUCCUCAACUGUCAACUCCUAUCACGACGAAAACGGACAAAACCUCCACCACUGGCAGCAUCCUGAAUCUGAACCUGGAUCGAAGCAAAGCCGAAAUGGAUUUGAAGGAGCUGAGCGAGUCGGUCCAGCAACAGUCCACCCCUGUUCCUCUCAUCUCUCCCAAGCGCCAGAUUCGUAGCAGGUUCCAGCUGAAUCUUGACAAGACCAUAGAGAGUUGCAAAGCACAAUUAGGCAUAAAUGAAAUCUCGGAAGAUGUUUAUACGGCCGUAGAGCACAGCGAUUCGGAGGAUUCUGAGAAGUCAGAUAGUAGCGAUAGUGAGUAUAUCAGUGAUGAUGAGCAGAAGUCCAAGAACGAGCCAGAAGACACAGAGGACAAAGAGGGUUGUCGGAUGGACAAAGAGCCAUCUGCUGUUAAAAAAAAGCCCAAGCCUACAAACCCAGUGGAGAUUAAAGAGGAGCUGAAAAGCACAUCACCAGCCAGCGAGAAGACAGACCCUGGAGCAGUCAAGGACAAGGCCAGCCCUGAGCCUGAGAAGGACUUUUCUGAAAAGGCAAAGCCUUCACCUCACCCCACAAAGGAUAAACUGAAGGGAAAAGAUGAGACGGAUUCCCCAACAGUCCAUUUGGGCCUGGACUCCGAUUCAGAGAGCGAACUUGUCAUAGAUUUAGGAGAAGACCAUUCUGGGCGGGAGGGUCGAAAAAAUAAGAAGGAACCCAAAGAACCGUCUCCCAAACAGGAUGUUGUAGGUAAAGCUCCACCAUCCACGACGGCGGGCAGCCAGUCUCCCCCGGAAACGCCGGUGCUCACCCGCUCUUCCGCCCAAACUCCCGCGGCUGGCGCCACAGCUACCACCAGCACGUCCUCCACGGUCACCGUCACGGCCCCGGCCCCCGCCGCCACAGGAAGCCCGGUGAAAAAGCAGAGGCCGCUUUUACCGAAGGAGACUGCCCCGGCCGUGCAGCGGGUCGUGUGGAACUCAUCAAGUAAGUUUCAAACGUCCUCCCAAAAGUGGCACAUGCAGAAGAUGCAGCGUCAGCAGCAGCAGCAGCAGCAGCAAAACCAGCAGCAGCAGCCUCAGUCUUCCCAGGGGACGAGAUAUCAGACCAGACAGGCUGUGAAAGCUGUCCAGCAGAAGGAGAUCACACAGAGCCCGUCCACGUCCACCAUCACCCUGGUGACCAGCACACAGUCAUCGCCCCUGGUCACCAGCUCGGGGUCCACGAGCACCCUUGUGUCCUCAGUGAACGCUGACCUGCCCAUCGCCACCGCCUCAGCCGAUGUCGCCGCUGAUAUUGCCAAGUACACUAGCAAAAUGAUGGAUGCAAUAAAAGGAACAAUGACAGAAAUAUACAACGAUCUUUCUAAAAACACUACUGGAAGCACAAUAGCUGAGAUUCGCAGACUGAGGAUCGAGAUAGAGAAGCUCCAGUGGCUACACCAGCAAGAGCUCUCCGAAAUGAAACACAACUUGGAGCUGACCAUGGCGGAGAUGCGGCAGAGCCUGGAGCAGGAGCGGGACCGGCUCAUCGCCGAGGUGAAGAAGCAGCUGGAGCUGGAGAAGCAGCAGGCGGUGGAUGAGACCAAGAAGAAGCAGUGGUGUGCCAACUGCAAGAAGGAGGCCAUCUUUUACUGCUGUUGGAACACCAGCUACUGUGACUACCCCUGCCAGCAAGCCCACUGGCCUGAGCACAUGAAGUCCUGCACCCAGUCAGCUACUGCUCCUCAGCAGGAAGCGGAUGCUGAGGUGAACACAGAAACACUAAAUAAGUCGUCCCAGGGGAGCUCCUCGAGCACACAGUCAGCACCUUCAGAAACGGCCAGCGCCUCCAAAGAGAAGGAGACGUCCACCGAGAAAAGCAAGGACAGUGGCUCGACCCUUGACCUUUCUGGCUCCAGAGAGACGCCCUCCUCCAUUCUCUUAGGCUCCAACCAAGGCUCUGUUAGCAAAAGGUGUGACAAGCAACCUGCCUAUGCCCCAACCACCACAGACCACCAGCCGCACCCCAACUACCCCGCCCAGAAGUACCAUUCCCGGAGUAGUAAAUCCAGUUGGAGCAGCAGCGAUGAGAAGAGGGGAUCGACACGUUCCGAGCACAACACCAGUACCAGCACGAAGAGCCUCCUCCCGAAAGAGUCUCGGCUGGACACCUUCUGGGACUAGCAGCGAGUCGGGACACAAACCACCAUCCACCCCACUGGAGAAAAACCCAGACGCCCGGAAAAGAAGAAACAACAAAGGGAGGAGAACAGCCACUUUCAGACUUGAGAAUGACAAAACCCUCAGUUGAGCCUGAGCCCCCGGCGCAGGGGCUGCUACACUACAGGACACCCGGCAUCGGCUUUGAUUGCGAACUGUUCACCCAUACGAGCCCUGUGCUUUAGGUGUAAAUAAUGUAUAAUUUGUGGAUGUCAUUGAAACCUAGAGGACCUUCCCCUUUUUAUAUUUGUAUUAACUUUAACUUAUAAAAAAAAAAAAAGAAAAAGAAAAACAAUUAAAAAAAACCAACCAACCAACCCCAACAACAAAAAGAAUGUUUUGGUAUUGGAGAAGGGAUGGUCAGUUAGCCUGUCAGUCACACAAUGGAAUGGAUACUGGGCCCGGGGACCACUUUCACACUCACGUCCUCAUCCUUGGAUACCCAGUGGAGGGCGAGCCGUUUUUCACUCAUGUGUCUACACAGCAUGUUGGGAUCGGGAGUUUCGGCACAGACUCUAUCCUGUCAAGCCGUUGGCUCCUUUCAGCUACUACGUUACGACGUUCCUAAAACGCAAGCUCUCCGGACCAGACGGACACAGGGAGAAGCUAGUUUCUUUCACGUGAUUGAGAUGAUGACUCUACUCCUAAAAGGGAAAAAACCAUGUCCUUGUUUACAGAAGAGAAACCGAAACAAGCCCCACUCAGCUCAGUCACAGAAGAGGAGAACAUAGAAAGUGUUAGGAUCAUGAACUCUGAAAAAAAGAAAUCUUUGCUUUGUGGUUCCUUUAAACACACUCACACACACUUGGUCAGAGAUGCUGCACUUCUUGGAAGCAAGGACUCAAAGGCAAGGUGCACGCAGAGGAUGUUUGAGUCUGGGAUGAAGCAUGUAUGUAUUAUUUAUAUGAUGGAAUUUCACGUUUUUAUGUAAGCAUGAAACACAGGCAGUAUGAGAGAAAGCAAGGCCCCAUCAUGCUGUCCGUACACUACGUAUGCUGUAGAGCCAUUUUGUAUGUUGUGUAAAACAAAAAGCAUUGAUCAAAAAGCAAAAGGUGAUGUAUGUAUAUGAGAAAAUUAAUUGUACGAUAUCAUUCCAGUACGUUUUGUUGUACAUUUUAGUCUUGUUUACUUUCUCUUCAUUGUUGAUAAGAGAAUGCGAACUGUACAGUUUCCAGCUAGUUACCCAUAUUAGAGAAGAAAUAAGAAGAGAGUAUUAGAGGAAAACAGGAGAGAAAGAACAUUUGUGAAUUGCAGUUGUCAAAAAAAACAAAAAAAUAGCCUAGCUGGCCUUAUUUGUGAAGCAUAAUUGCUUUUAGCAUAUGGAAGUAUUUUUUCACAUUUUCUUUGUAUAAAAUUUGUAUUAAACUUAAAUAUCUUUUUGA